AUGAUGGAUACGAACCAGAGCGGCGCCAUGAAGACGCUUCUCGUCGUCACCGCCGCUUUUGGCGGAGCGUUUGUGGGCACCCUCGCCACACAUGCGCUGGCCCCAGCGCCAGCGCUCAAGGCGUCGUACGUCGCGGCUGAAAAGAUGCAGCCGGCGUUCGAGAUGACGAUCGAGAAGCUGGCCGUCCCGGCCGAGAAGCUGGCCGACCCGGCCGAGAAGCUGGCCGACCCGGCCGAGAAGCUGGCCGACCCGGCCGAGAAGCUGGCCGACCCGGCCGAGAAGCUGGCCGACCCGGCCGAGAAGCUGGCCGACCCGGCCGAGAAGCGGGGAGGGACGCGCCCUGUUCUGACACAAACUUCAACUUUCAACUUCGAGUCCAAGUUCGCUGUUCUGACAAUCUGUUCUGUUUGGGAGGCGGCGGGCCGCACCAUCCUCUCCGAGUUCAUGCUGAUCUCGCCACGGCUCGUCUCGAUCGGGUGGAGCCAGAUACGGGCAGCGGCGACGGAAGCGACGGCCGGCGGCGACGACGAGGAGGCGAGGCGCAUGGGGAGGACCCUCGGCACGGUCCUCACACGGGCACGGGACGGAGCGGAGCGACGCAUGGCCGCCCUCAGACAGGCCCGCGACGAGGCGGGGCAGAGCGCCGGCGGUCAGGCGGCGGGCACGCCCGGAUGGGAGGACACGGCGCUGGAGACGCUGGUGGUGAUCUCGGGCGCCCUCCACAUGUUCGCCUACAAGGCGCGCAAGCCCAGCAGAAGGGACCCGACGCGGGCACACGACCCGGACACCAAUCCAUACCAGCGGGGCGACGGCGUCUUCGGGAACUGGGCAGAGUCGGCGCGACCCGUGGUGUACGACGGCACGUGCGUCACCUCGGUGCACUACGGCAGGCUGCGCCCGCUGGCGAACGGCACGCACCUUGCCACCGACUACGCCGAGGCGACGAAGAGGAGGGCCAAGGCAGCGGCGUGCGACGCCAAAAACUGCGACUUUAUGACGUGGGCGGCGAGCACGCGCGGCGGCAUCGGGCAAGAGGCAGCGACGUGGUUCAACUCCAACUUCGACAUCAAGGCUGCUAAGGCAUCCUCCGACAGCGAGCGAUGGCGGGUCAGCAGCGAGCGCAAGCGCUUCCUGCAAGUGCACUCGACCAUCAUCGCGAGGCGCAACGCCGCCAUCUUCGACUACAACGCGUGGCCGAAGAUGGGCGGCGAGAUGCCGCGGGCGCCUCGGGUGCAAUACGAAUAG